AAAGACACAAAACGCAUCGAACUGGUGAGUUUGUAUACGCUGCUUGACAGUGUGCAUCAUGGACCUGUACAAAGCAGUGUUCUUGCUAGGCACCCUUUUCUCUGCAGUCAGUGCGGCUGUCCUGGACGAAUAUGCAAAAACAGAGGGCGCCUGGAUUCUCUCUUUGGUGAAGAGGGAAUACUUAGUAGACACAGUCCUAGAAUGUGCCAUCAAGUGUAACGUUGAAAGAGCUUUCACUUGCAGGUCCUUCAUGUACAUUGAAAAGGAUCAAGAAUGUUUGACAAUACCAGCAAACAGCAAAAUAGAGCCUGUUCUGAGAAGAACCAUCACGUCUCUAUAUGAAAAGAAAGAGUACUUGAAGGAGUGUGUAAAUGGAAUCGGUAUGGACUACAGAGGAACAAAGUCCAAAACAAUCUCUGGGAAGACUUGCCAGAGAUGGGCAUCAAAAUAUCCACAAAAGCCAAACAUGACUCCGUCAACACACCCCAAAGCCGACCUGGAGUCCAACUUCUGCAGAAACCCUGAUGGGGACAGCAAAGGCCCCUGGUGUUUCACCACAGACCCUGACACCAGAUGGGAGACCUGCAACGUCCAGAACUGCAGCGAGGAAUGUAUGCACUGCGGUGGUAAGAACUACAGUGGAAAGAUCUCCACCACUGAGAAUGGCUACACCUGCCAGCACUGGGACGUCCAGAAACCUCACAACCACGGCUACAUUACCAGCGCUCUUCCUGAGAAGUACCUGGAGGAGAAUUACUGUAGGAACCCAGACGGAGACCCCAGACCCUGGUGUUUCACCACCAGCCCCUCCAAACGCUGGGACUUCUGCUCCAUCCCUCGCUGCACCUCUGAGCCUCCCGAGGUGGUGGAGGAGCUCACUUGUGCCACAGGCGACGGCAGUGCCUACAGGGGAACCAUCGGCGUGACAGCAUCUGGGAAAGCCUGUCAGCUCUGGGCAACUCAGACACCCCAACAGCACAACAGAACUCCAGACAACUACCCAUGCAAAGGCCUGGAACUGAACUAUUGCAGGAACCCAGACAAUGAGAAGAUGCCCUGGUGCUUUACUACAGACCCAGAGACACGCUGGGAGUACUGCAAGGUGCCUAACUGUGGAGAUGUUCCUGGACCAGAUUACGCAGCGCCCCCUCCAGCUGAGGAAGACUGCUAUGUGGGCACCGGGAUUGACUAUCGUGGUAUUGUGACAGAGACCAUCAGUGGGAAGAAAUGCCAGGCCUGGAGCUCGAUGACACCUCACAGUCACAAUAAGACACCGCAGGCCUUCCCUAAAGCCGAUUUGAGAAGAAACCUGUGUAGGAACCCUGAUGGCGACCGUGCUCCAUGGUGUUACACCACUGAACCCUCUGUUCGUUGGGAGUUCUGCAGUGUGGAUAAAUGCCCAACUGCUCCCAAGCCUACUCCCAAGCCUGACAAACAUGACCAGCCCAAGCCAGCACCCUCCCAGACACCCUCAGACAACAGCAGAGAUUGCAAGGUGGGCAACGGGGGGACAUACAGGGGUCCUACUUCCAUGACCAUGUUGGGUGUCACCUGUCAGAGUUGGAGCGCCCAGAGCCCCCAUCAGCACAUCAGCUUCACCCCUGAAUCCCACCCUGACAAAGGCCUGGAGUCCAAUAAUUGUAGAAACCCUGACAAUGACGUGAAUGGACCAUGGUGCUACACCACAGACAGAAGCCAGAAAUGGGACUACUGCCAAAUCCCAGAUUGCGCUGGCUUGAAAUGUGGGCAGCCUGUUACAAAGCCCAUGAGGUGUUUCGGUCGCAUCGUUGGAGGCUGUGUAUCCAAACCCCACUCAUGGCCCUGGCAGAUCAGCCUAAGGACCAACACUGGCAUCCAUAUCCAUACCCAUAUCUGUGGAGGAACUCUGAUCGCCCCUCAGUGGGUCCUCACCGCUGCCCACUGCCUGAAGAUAUCAAAGAGGCCAUCUGCCUACAUGGUGCUAUUGGGAACCCAUACAGAGAGAGCAAAUGAAGCGUCCAAGCAGGAGCGUAACCUGGAGAAACUGAUCCUGGGACCUGGCGGGACAGACAUUGCACUACUGAAGCUAGACAGCCCUGCACUCAUAAAUGACAACGUUUUACCAGUAUGCUUACCUGAGAAGGAUUUCGUGGUACCAUCUGGAACUGAGUGCUAUGUGACAGGAUGGGGAGAGACACAAGGAACUGGUGGAGAAGGGCUCCUCAAGGAGACGGGCUUCCCUGUUAUAGAAAAUAAAGUGUGUAAUCGUCCUGCCUACCUGAACAACAGAGUCAAGGACCAUGAGAUGUGUGCUGGGAACAUUGAAGGGGGAGCAGACAGUUGCCAGGAUGACAGUGGUGGCCCUUUGGUGUGCCAUGCUCAGAACACCUUUGUUCUCCAGGGAGUGACAUCGUGGGGUCUGGGCUGUGCCGACGCCAUGAAGCCAGGGGUGUACAUCAGAGUAUCUAAAUUUAUGGAUUGGAUUAACAAUCAGAUGAAGAUUAAUUUUUGUAUACGUUGCUUGACAGUGUGCAUCAUGGACCUGUACAAAGCAGUGUUCUUGCUAGGCACCCUUUUCUCUGCAGUCAGUGCGGCUGUCCUGGACGAAUAUGCAAAAACAGAGGGCGCCUGGAUUCUCUCUUUGGUGAAGAGGGAAUACUUAGUAGACACAGUCCUAGAAUGUGCCAUCAAGUGUAACGUUGAAAAAGCUUUCACUUGCAGGUCCUUCAUGUACAUUGAAAAGGAUCAAGAAUGUUUGACAAUACCAGCAAACAGCAAAAUAGAGCCUGUUCUGAGAAGAACCAUCACUUCUCUAUAUGAAAAGAAAGAGUACUUGAAGGAGUGUGUAAAUGGAAUCGGUAUGGACUACAGAGGAACAAAGUCCAAAACAAUCUCUGGGAAGACUUGCCAGAGAUGGGCAUCAAAAUAUCCACAAAAGCCAAACAUGACUCCGUCUACACACUCCAAAGCCGACCUGGAGUCCAACUUCUGCAGAAACCCUGAUGGGGACAGCAAAGGCCCCUGGUGUUACACCACAGACCCUGACACCAGAUGGGAGACCUGCAACGUCCAGAACUGCAGCGAGGAAUGUAUGCACUGCAGUGGUAAGAACUACAGGGGAAAGAUCUCCACCACUGAGAAUGGCUACACCUGCCAGCACUGGGACGUCCAGAAACCUCACAACCACGGCUACAUUCCCAGCGCUCUUCCUGAGAAGUACCUGGAGGAAAAUUACUGUAGGAACCCAGACGGAGACCCCAGACCCUGGUGUUUCACCACCAGCCCCUCCAAACGCUGGGACUUCUGCUCCAUCCCUCGCUGCACCUCUGAGCCUCCCAAGGUGGUGGAGGAGCUCACUUGUGCCACAGGCGACGGCAGUGCCUACAGGGGAACCGUCGGCGUGACAGCAUCUGGGAAAGCCUGUCAGCUCUGGGCAACUCAGACGCCCCAACAGCACAACAGAACUCCAGACAACUACCCAUGCAAAGGCCUGGAACUGAACUAUUGCAGGAACCCAGACAAUGAGAAGAUGCCCUGGUGCUUUACUACAGACCCAGAGACACGCUGGGAGUACUGCAAGGUGCCUAGCUGUGGAGAUGUUCCUGGACCAGAUUACGCAGCGCCCCCUCCAGCUGAGGAAGACUGCUAUGUGGGCAACGGGACUGACUAUCGUGGUAUGGUGACAGAGACCAUCAGUGGGAAGAAAUGCCAGGCCUGGAGCUCGAUGACACCUCACAGUCACAAUAAGACACCGCAGGCCUUCCCUAAAGCCGAUUUGAGAAGAAACCUGUGUAGGAACCCUGAUGGCGACCGUGCUCCAUGGUGUUACACCACUGAACCCUCUGUUCGUUGGGAGUUCUGCAGUGUGGAUAAAUGCCCAACUGCUCCCAAGCCUGCUCCCAAGCCUACUCCCAAGCCUGACAAACAUGACCAGCCCAAGCCAGCACCCUCCCAGACACCCUCAGACAACAGCAGAGAUUGCAAGGUGGGCAACGGGGGGACAUACAGGGGUCCUACUUCCAUGACCAUGUUGGGUGUCACCUGUCAGAGUUGGAGCGCCCAGAGCCCCCAUCAGCACAUCAGCUUCACCCCUGAAUCCCACCCUGACAAAGGCCUGGAGUCCAAUAAUUGUAGAAACCCUGACAAUGACGUGAAUGGACCAUGGUGCUACACCACAGACAGAAGCCAGAAAUGGGACUACUGCCAAAUCCCAGAUUGCGCUGGCUUGAAAUGUGGGCAGCCUGUUACAAAGCCCAUGAGGUGUUUCGGUCGCAUCGUUGGAGGCUGUGUAUCCAAACCCCACUCAUGGCCCUGGCAGAUCAGCCUAAGGACCAACACUGGCAUCCAUUUCUGUGGAGGAACUCUGAUCGCCCCUCAGUGGGUCCUCACCGCUGCCCACUGCCUGGAGAGAUCAAAGAGGCCAUCUGCCUACAUGGUGGUAUUGGGAACCCAUACAGAGAGAGCGAAUGAAGCGUCCAAGCAGGAGCGUAACCUGGAGAAACUGAUCCUGGGACCUGGCGGGACAGACAUUGCACUACUGAAGCUAGACAGCCCUGCACUCAUAAAUGACAACGUUUUACCAGUAUGCUUACCUGAGAAGGAUUACGUGGUACCAUCUGGAACUGAGUGCUAUGUGACAGGAUGGGGAGAGACACAAGGAACUGGUGGAGAAGGGCUCCUCAAGGAGACGGGCUUCCCUGUUAUAGAAAAUAAAGUGUGUAAUCGUCCUGCCUACCUGAACAACAGAGUCAAGGACCAUGAGAUGUGUGCUGGGAACAUUGAAGGGGGAGCAGACAGUUGCCAGGGUGACAGUGGUGGCCCUUUGGUGUGCCAUGCUCAGAACACCUUUGUUCUCCAGGGAGUGACAUCGUGGGGUCUGGGCUGUGCCGACGCCAUGAAGCCAGGGGUGUACAUCAGAGUAUCUAAAUUUAUGGAUUGGAUUAACAAUCAGAUGAAGAUUAAUUCUUCACCCUCUGCUAUACCUCCAUAAUCUUGAGGAAUGUUGAAUUUGAGCCCUAAAUGUAGUUUUAUUAAGACUUGUAAGACUUGAAAGUACAAAUUAAAUACCUGUGGUAAGUGAUUUCUUCCGAAAUUGCAAGGUUCUAGCCUGGUACACAACAAUGGUGUUUGACCACAUGUUAAAUAAAGGAAGAGCUUGUGUGUCAUUGGGA